AUUCUUGAUAAUGGAUGCUAACAAUUCUGAAAUGGGUGAUAAUUCUACACAUGAAACUGCUGCUGCUGCUGCUGAUGAUGAUGAUGAUAGUAGUGGAAUUAAAUUAGCAUUAAAACAGAUUCGUGUCAUUAAACCAUUUGCCGGAGUUUCUGAGCGUUAUUAUCAGAAUAUUAUUCAUCCAAAAUGUAAAGAUGGUCAUAAUUAUGAUCAAAUUGUUUUACUUCAUUCAAAUCGUAUUGCAGUCAUAUGUUUAGCACCAUCACAUGAGAUAAUUGUUUUGAAAAAAUCAAUCAAAAACAUUGAUUUUUGUGGUAAAAAUAAAAAUGUAAAUAGACUUGAUAAUCAAGUUAAAGGAAAAGGAAAAAAGGGAGCUCAAAUGGUUGGACCGGAAUCGAUUCUUUGUACGUUACAUUGUCAAGAUGAAACAUCAUAUCCAAUACGAGCAUGUAUGGGUGGAAAAAUUAUUGAAAUCAAUAAAUGUCUGGUAGAUGAACCAUCGUUGAUAAUAGAAAAGCCUUUAACCGAUGGAUAUAUAGCAAUUAUUAUGCCUCCAUUAAAAAAAUAAAGUCAUUUUAAAAUUUUU